AUGCUUCUGCUGGGUACUGGAGAGAGUGGCAAGAGCACCUUCAUCAAGCAGAUGAGAAUAAUCCACGGGUCCGGCUACACAGAUGAGGAUAAGAAGGGCUUCACCAAACUGGUCUACCAGAACAUCUUCACCUCGAUGCAGGCCAUGAUCCGGGCAACGGAGAACCUCAAGAUCCCGUUCAAGUACGAGCAGAACAAGGUGUGUACCAGGUGCAAGAGGAAACGAGGAGAGGAGCACCUCACAGUCCUGAGGAAGAAGCACAGUGCAGAUCUGGCCCAGCAGGAACGGCACCUGCAGCUGGCCUUAGUGGCCUUUUACACUUGCAUUUAUACUGUGGAGCAGCUAGCCAAUCGGUGGCCUCAUCAGCAGCACCUGACACCAGUACCUGAAGAUAACAUUCUCCAGGUCAAAGGGGUACUCGAUGAUGCCGGUGGUGGGCACUCGGACCCGCAGCACGUCCUGCUGAGUGGGCAUUCUGGUGGCCUUGCCUCUCUUCAUGUCCUCAUCAGGAUGGUUGAUGUGGGGGGUCAGAGGUCAGAGAGGAGGAAGUGGAUUCACUGCUUUGAGAACGUCACCUCCAUCAUGUUUCUGGUGGCGCUCAGCGAGUACGACCAAGUCCUGGUGGAGUCCGACAACGAGAAUCGUAUGGAGGAGAGUAAAGCUCUGUUCAGGACCAUCAUCACAUAUCCGUGGUUCCAAAACUCCUCCGUCAUCCUCUUCCUCAACAAGAAGGACCUGCUGGAGGAGAAGAUCAUGUACUCGCACCUGGUCGACUACUUCCCUGAGUUCGAUGGUCCUCAGCGGGACGCCCAGGCGGGCCGGGAGUUCAUCCUGAAGAUGUUUGUGGACUUGAACCCCGACAGCGACAAGAUCAUCUACUCCCACUUCACCUGCGCCACCGACACGGAGAACAUCCGCUUCGUCUUCGCCGCCGUCAAAGACACCAUCCUGCAGCUCAACCUCAAAGAAUACAACCUGGUGUGAGGAGAGAAGGAGAGCGAAAGAGAGGGAGGAGAGAGAGGAGAGAGAGUGACCUGCAGCCCCCCCUCCCCCCACAUACACAAUGCAGAGUCCACUUCUACAGACACACACAUCUGCAUGAAACACACUUCACUCUUAGCAGACCAACACUACACAUGUCCUGUCCUUACUUUCACAUUUUUGUAUCUGUGUUGUGGUUCCGCUUUUACAAAACCCAAAUACAACUCUCCCAUUCGUCCCCUUUUCUAGGGGUUUCCCUGGACACGGCUCACACUAUUUCUUUUACACUACAUUAUCACCAGUGCUCGUGUGUUGCAGGUGGGUCGAGGCUUCUCUGGGUAGAUUUGAUGGGAAAAGGGCUCUCUCCCCUUGUUCUUAUUUAACCCGUGCAUGUUAUACACUACAGAGGAGGGCCGGCUGCAGACCCCGGGUAACUAAUUACGAUGAUAGGAAUAUAUUCUCACGCAGUGCGGGGGUGCAGUGAGGUACUUGCUUUUCCCGGGUCUUGUUUUCUUUCCUUUUCGCCCCAAAUCAGAGCACAGAAGCUCUGUUGAAUGUAAAUAAAGUUGUCAUGCUGCUCACACAGAGUGAGGGCUGCACAGAGACGAUUCUCUGUACACUUUUUCAGCUUCUUCUUAGCGAUCAUAUAUCUGCUUUUUCUGCAAUUACAUUUAAAUUGAAGAUGACUACUCGAAGAGAUACUCCAUUCCCCUCGUUUCAAACAUGCAUUACGACACACAGAAUUAAGAGACAACACUACUGGUUUUCACAUACUGUAUAUCAUCAUCACAUUGACAAAUUACAAACACCUCCUUUUGUUUCUGUAAAUAUAUUUGCCAGUAUCCCGUUCGUCCUUUACGCGGCUCAGAUGCUAACACAAUUUGGAAACUGGUAUUGCCAAAAUGAAGUGCUUGAAUAAUGAAUAUGUAGAUGGCAUAACGGCUCACUUUGUGUGGCAUUUUUUUACGUCGACUGUUGUCUGAAUCACAAAUGUAUUAGUACUGUAAUUUAUUUUCUAUGUUCCCUUUUUUGAAGGUGAGAAUAAUCUUCCUGUGCACAACGAGCGAGUGAUGACACCAGAUUGGAGCAGUGCAAUAGUCUGUUGUCGAGGAGACAACGCGCUGACACUUAGCUUAAAUCACCAGUUGGUCUUGAUAAUGCUUUUUCUCCCUAAUCAACUCUUUCUUUUGCCAUAUUAUUCAGCCAACAUUUGAUAACGGAUAGCAAGAGAGUAAAUAGUUCUUUUUUUUGUACGUCUAAUUUAUCAGAUCUAAGUGUUGUCGGUACAGUCAGUGAGACUUCCUCCCUAGUUUCAGCUUUUUCCAACCAAGGAGACGGGAGGAGAUUUUAUACUGCUGUAAAAAAAACGAUUUUAUGGACAAGUGUUCUAUCUUUAUAACGAUACUUCAUAUAUUCAGUUGUUGCAGUUCUGUUUUGAAACGCUUGACAAUGGGGAAAAGAAAACACUGUUUCCAUGUCGGGCUUGUGCUUUAUGCAAAUAGGAAAAAGAAAGAUUAAAAACGUAGUGGUUGGAUAUUUACUGUCGAAGAUGCUUGCUUUGUUUUUUGGUAAUUCUUACGGAUAUGUGUUUUGGCUUAUUGGUUCCAAUCCCAUGUUGUGUCUCUUGCCUGGUCGUUGUUCUAAUAUUUCCAUUAAGCUGUUAGAUGGCUAUUUUUUGUCUUCACGAUGUAAUUCAGGUAAGUUUUCAUAACUUUUUCAUCACAAGGGCUACUACUAGCAGCUUUGGUAGAAAUGAAAGGACUCUUAUGGACGGCAUAGAGCAAAAGGUGCAAUUCAUUCAUUAAUUAACGAGGGGCUUUAAAUCAAGUGUGUUCAGGUUCAUUGAAGGAGAGUGUGGGGGGGGGGGGGGUGCAGCAGUCCUUUAUUUGCUAUCUUCAGGCCUAUCUAGAGGAGAAGAAGUAGGGUUUCCCAAGGUGCAACAGCACAUUUUAUAGCGUCAUGCCGAAUCUAACCAUCCUCUUACACUUACAUGGAUUAUGUGCUGAUUUUCUUGGCUUUCUAAUAUUUGUCCACUAUGUGGCAUGUCUUCUAAUUUGUAGUGUUUCGCAUUGGUUGAAGGGCAGUGUUUUUUUUUGGAUUACAGAUCCAUCCGUACCCCCUCUCUGUAUCUUUAAUUGUUUGCCAAAAGGUUUACAAAUUAAUAUAAAUCGUAUUUUCAACAAAAAGGUAGUAUGAUCUGAAAAGUUCUAGAGACAUUCACUCGCCCUGUGUAUUGCUUAGGAUUUGUAGUCCCGUGCACCCAGUGAGAGUGAUCUUCUCUGGUGCACAUGUGUAAAUGAUGUUGUUAAAUCUUUCUAACACACAUUAAUGAAGAAGGGAUGUUUAUGCUAAGUGCCAUUCUAUGAGUUGAAAAAGAUGUUGGAGAGGUUUCUGACUUUGACGUGAAUUUCUGAUGAGAUCUUGUUUUUCCAUCUUGUAUUUGUAGUGGGUUAAUCUUCGGUGCUUCAGCCGACAUUUAAACGCCUUCUAGUCCAGGUUGACGCUUCGUACACUUCCUCGCUGACAGUCAUCCUGUGGGUGUCACUAUUGUUUGAAAUGAAGAGCUUGUGCAUGUUUGUCAGUGGAUUAAACCAGCUGAGUUUGGAAAGGUGUGUGUGUGUGUGUGUGUGUGUGUGUGUGUGUGUGUGUGUGUGUGUGUGUGUGUGUGUGUGUGUGUGUGUGUGUGUGUGUGUGUGUGUGUGUGUGUGUAUGGACUGCUAUGAGAGCGAUUAACAAAGUGAAGGUGACCACUACGAAGACCAGUGUUGGCAGGAUGUCGUACUCUUUUUAAAAAAAACUUUGUUGCAUCAGUUUUAAUAACCUUAAGGACAGACAAAGACAAACGUCACAUUUUUACUCGACCAGUGAUACGAGCAGAGCUGGGUCGUUAAUUUGAAAUCCUUUCCAUUGACUUCCACUGAUUUGCUUUAAUCUGCAUUAAUUCAGCAAACUUUAAUCAUUAUUUGGCAACUAUUUAGCAACUAGACAACUAUUUUGAUAAUUGAGGAGUCUGUUGGAGUUGUUUUUUUACACAAAAAAUCUUAAAUGUUAACAUCUUGUGAUUUAUUUACUUCUCUAUGAUGUAACAUUUGAAUUUGUUUGAGUUGUGGAUAAAGCAAAACAUUUGAGGAGGUAAUCGCAGGCAUCAGGAAACAUUUUUCGCCCUUUUCUGACAUUUAAAAAACAAAACAACUAAUUGAUUAAUCGAGGAAAAUAAAAAUGAUCUCUAGUUGCAUCCCGGUUGUGUUAUUUAGAAGGUUUUUAUGAAAUGUAAGUAGUACACAGAGUGCCAAACAACAUCCGACACAGAAAAGAUGCGAAAUAUUCCUAAUUCACUUUUACCUUUUGGUGUCUUUUCUUUUCCAAAUGAAGCUUGUGUGUUAAGCCUCAGUAUUACUGUAUUUAUUGAAAGACUUGCCAUGUGAAGGUACUGAAAUGACCAUUAUGUAAUAUGUUGGUGGUUGUAAUCGGUAGAAUGAAUACUGUGUUUACAUGUCCGCCAUUCUCCGCUCUCUUUCCCCGAUUUACUUUAUUGGACUGUGUAUCUUUCCCCGGGUCGAAGGCACUGAAGCUGCACCGCUGCAUUCAUGCAACUUAGACGUCCGUUAAAGCACUCGUUGGUACUCCGAGGUGUGUGUGUGUGUGUGUGUGUGCGUGUGUGCGUGUGUAUGUAUGUGUACACUUUUGAUGGCUAUUGCUUAAGCUUGAGAUCCAUUCUGAUUCGAGGGAUGGACAUACGGUGAUAUUAAAAAGCUAUCUUUGCAUCUUUUUGUUUCUUUUGUGAGGUCGACGCACCUUAACACGUGUAUUUAGGACCACUUAAGAUGACAGACUUUUUUAAAAGAGUAAAACAUAAACUUUGUGUAGUGGUGUACAAAUUGAAAGUAAUGUGUUUUUGUUUGAUUUGUUUUUUUUUCUUCUUUCUCUUUUCUUUUUUUUAAGUAUACCAAAUGUAAAUUAUGUACAAUGAGUGUGCCAAUCCCCUUUCUUUGUAAAGCCAGACUCUUGACAAGUGCCAAUGUUGUGAAAAAUCAAAGGGCCGGUGAAUUUCAUGGUCCAGUUUUUAAAACAAAUAAACACAUGUGAUUAAUUAACAAACAAAAAAAAGGACAAUUUUAUUCUAUAUUUAAGAUUAAUGAUGAACUGCUGUUUUUAAGAUAAAUGUCAUUUUACUGCAUGUGUUUGUCAGGUUGGGGGGGGGGUGAGAUACUGUAUUCAUGCAACGCCCUCAUGAAAAAGGGUCUUAAUGGUUAUUGAUUUACAGUAUUUUAGCCAUAUUUCUCUUUUGUAUGUUUCAUUUCAACCACUGUUGCCUGAACCUCAUUCAAACAUGAAAAUGAUUUUCAUAGCCUUCUCCUUUAAAUGUUUUAAAUUGGAAUAAAAUAUGUUCCUAUACUCUC